AUUCAGCAAGAGUCUGGUGAGACCGUGGUUCAAAUAAACAUUGAUGUUGAGCGUUUGCUAGUAUCAGGAUCGAGUCGCUCUAUAUCUGCGUCUGUGGGUGAAGACGUCACUCUGAACUGCUCUAUAGACUCUCACAUCACACUUGCAGAUAUUGAAGAGGUUUCAUGGAAGAAAACAGAUGAAGAUAUUCAGGUUCUGCUCUACCAAAACAAUGAGGCACAUUCAUCAAAUGAGCGAUACAUAGACAGAGUUGAGCUCUUCACUGCUGAAAUCCCCAAAGGAAACUUCUCUCUCAGACUGAAGAGCAUCAGAACUGAGGAUAAAGGAGUUUACAUGUGUGAGGUGUUUGCUGGAGGACUUUCAGCCAAUGCAACUGUAGAACUGGAGCGACUGGGGUUCUCUGUUUUACACAUAAUGGUGUUGAUUCUCUGUGUUUCUGCAUCUGGAUCUGCACUUCUGCUCUGCUGCCUGGUCUACUGCAGAUCACCAUAUAAAGGUUUCUUUGGCCAGCAAACCUAUAACCAUUAUUUUAAACUGGGAUCUUCAGUGGUUUUGCCCUGUCAUGUUGAUGAAUGCUUAUUAAAGAAAAAACUGAAGGUGGAAUGGAGAAGAAAAGACACUAAGAUGCUGGUUCAUCUGUAUCAGGAUGGAGAGAGUCAACCAAAGAAACAGCACAAAGAUUAUCAGGAUAGAGCUCAUUUCUUUACUGACGAUAUUCAGCAUGGAAACUUCUCCCUCCGGCUGGACGAUCUGAGAGCUGAAGAUGCUGGAGAAUACAUAUGUAAAGUUUACAGUGACCUUUUUACAGUGACGAGGACAGCAGAGACAAGUUUGGAACCACGAUUCAAAGUGAAAGGUUCCUCUGGUCAUCAGACGGUUCCUCUUGGAGGUUCAGUGGUUUUGCCCUGUCAGGUUGAUGAAAGCUUGUUACAGAAAAGUCUGAAGGUGGAAUGGAGAAGAACAGACUCAGAGACUCUGGUUCAUCUGUAUCAAGACGGUGAGAGUAGACCGAAGAAACAGCACAAAGAUUAUCAUCACAGAGCUCAUUUCUCUCCUGAGAAGAUUAAAGAUGGAAACUUCUCCCUCCGUCUGGAAAAAGUGAGAGCAGAAGAUGCUGGAAAAUACACAUGUAAAGUUUACAGUGACCAGGAUUGUGUGCAUUCAGCUGACACAGAGGUUGAGAUACUGGGGUUUGAUGUUAAAUGUUCUCGUCACACACUCGCUCCUCUGGGAGCUUCAGUGGUUUUGCCCUCUUAUGGUGAUAAACCUUUACCAGUGGAGGGUCUGGUAGUGCAAUGGAGAAAAGGAUACACUACUGUUCAUCUGUAUCACAAUGGUCAAGCACAGACACAGCACAAAGAUUAUCAGGAUAGAGCUCAUUUCUUUACUGAGGAGAUUCAACAUGGAAACUUCUCCCUCCGGCUGGACGAUCUGAGAACUGAAGAUGAGGGACGAUACACAUGUACAGUUCACAAUAAACAGAGAUCUUCUUUUGUUUUGUUUUUCUCUCUAGAUCUAGUCUUCCGUCUUCAGAUGACUCUAGUUUUCUGUCCAAAUGUUCUGAUGUUUCUAGCUUUUGUCCUCUGGGGUGUUUCUGAAGGAUCUCUGAGCGAGACAAUCUCUUGCUGUGCUCUUUAUUUUCUGAGACCUCUCCUGUUGCUCUGGGCGGCUCCUUAUAUUAAUAAUUUUACAGGCAAAAUCAAAUCACUGAUUUUGAAAUACAGUUACGUGGCAGAAUAUUUAGUUCUCUCACUUGUUGUUUAUUCAGCUCUUUUUACAAGUGCUUGGCAAAAACUUCUGAAUUAUGCUGCGUUUGACAGAGCCGUGAUACUAGUGCUGUUUGCAAUAGUGUUUGUGUGCUGCCUCUGCAAAAUCAUUUACCUUUUAGUUACAGAGGUUGGGAAGAAAAGUGGCCGGAUAGUAAAAAUAUUUGAUGUUGUGGCUGAUAUGACCUUUCAAAUUCUGCCUACUUUACAAUUCAUCCUCCUCUUCUACACGUUUGGAGCUGCUAGUGAAGCAGGGUUGAUCAUGAUUGUCGUUUUACCAGUGUUACUGAUGAUGAUGACAAAUGACAGAUGGAUUUAUAAAUGCUAUUCCAGUCAGGGGCUCAACUUAUCAUAUUCAGUCAUGAGGACAGUGAUGUUAAUCUUCACAUUAGUGACGAAUGCAGUGAUGAUCGGCCUUUACAUAUUGACUCUGGACAAUCAGACAGAUCCGAUCGGAUGGGGCUGUGUGAUGGUGUUUCUGCAGAUACUCUGGACAGUUAUGUUCUUCACAGAUGAUACUUACUCUUUUCUCAGCUUGUCUCGAGAUUUCCAGCGUUAUGUUGCGGUGUAUGUGUUUGGAUCAGUCGGUGUAGUUUUACUGAACUCUGCUGCAUUAAUAACAGAACUGAUCCUCAAAACAGUGAACGGUGAUCGUGUGAUGGCAGAUCUGAGAUUCAUUGUCUUUCCUUCUGAAUGUUUAUUUGCUGCAUCUCUGCUGAUUUCUGGAUUCUCAGGAUCCAAGAUCGCAAGCUGUCUGAAGUCUUGUCAGAGCAAAGUGAGAUCUAUACGAGUCAAAAGAUCACAGCAGAACCAGAGCACAGAGAUGAGUCCUCUGAAUACUGGAGAUCAGGAGCAGAAUCAGCCUGACUCAGUGCUGUCUCAAAUAUGAGAGAGAUUAUUACAGAGUGAUCUUGAGGCACAAUCUCCUGCAAAGCUGCUUUGAGACGACACAUGGAUUGUGAAAAGCACCAAACAAUCAAACAAUAACUCACUGAUGUUUGAUCAGAAUCUCAUGUGUUUCUACACUGAUCCGCUGAGUUCAGUGUACUGAUGUUACUCACUGUUAAUAUCAGUGGUUUUGCACUGAGAGCUCUGUAUUUUGUUUGUUUGAUUUUUUUGUAAACAGCUGUAAAUAUAUGCAGGGUGUGUUUUAGUGUGUUGAAACACUUUUACUUUGUAUAUAUGUGAUGCUGAUUUGUGCUUUAAAAACUCAUUCUAGCUGUAAGUAAAUUUCAAUCACAUAAAUGAAUCAGAAACACUGAGACUGAAUAGUUAAACCUUCAGACAACAGAUCCUUUAUUAUGACAUUAUCACAUUAUAAAAGCAUUAUGACACACAUACUGUUAUUUACUUUGAGUUUAAUUUGGGAGCUUGAGAGAAUAAAGACAAUAGCAUCAUCAUCAUCGUCAUCAUCAUCAUUUCUACAAUGUUUGAAUAAUUAAAUAUUACUCAAGGUCAGUGGCUGCUGAUUGUCUCAUAUUAUCAGUCAUAUUAUUAUCAUAUUAUAAGAUCACUUCAGUAAAGUUUAGUUGAUGUGUGUGUUGUGCUGAUCUAGA